AUUCAUUUAUUUUAAUUCUUCUUAAAAUUCGGGCGAUGCGAGGCGUUUCAAACAGACCAGAUCGUGCUUUAUAGUUAGUCGCCCCGUGAAAUUAUGAAACACCCGGAAACGUCGCCAGGCUCUGAAGCAUCGUGAUAUGUGUAACAGGCAGUCGUGCCGAAAAAGUUCCAUGCGUCGCAAUCAUUUUCUAGUCAACAGCGAGUUUUGUGAGUUAAACUUGUGAUCCUAUUAUGGCUACAUCAGACUUCGUGCUGGGAGGCCUGGCCUCGGUGGGUGCCACGUUCUUCACCAACCCCAUCGAAGUAGUCAAGACGCGCAUCCAGCUGCAGGGAGAGCUGGCGGCACGAGGCUCCUAUGUGGAGCCCUACAAAGGAAUUGUGCAGGCGUUCGUGACGGUUGCGAAGAACGAUGGCAUGAGCGGCUUGCAGAAGGGCUUGGCUCCGGCCCUCUUCUUCCAGUUCAUCAUUAAUUCUUUCCGGUUAAGCAUUUACUCUUCGGCGGUGGAGAAGCGCUGGAUGCACAACAAGAAUGGAGAGGUCUCCUACGGCCUCGGCCUGAUGUGGGGUGCCAUCGGAGGAGUGGUGGGCUCCUACUGCUCCAGUCCGUUCUUCCUGGUCAAGACUCAGCAACAGUCGCAGGCUGCCAAACAAAUAGCCGUCGGCUAUCAGCAUACGCACACCUCCAUGACGGAUGCCCUCAGGCAGAUCUACAUCAAGAACGGAAUCCCUGGCUUGUGGCGUGGAUCUGUGGCCGCCCUGCCGAGAGCUGCCUUGGGUUCCGGGGCCCAGAUAGCUACCUUCGGCAAGACCAAAGCAUUGCUCAUCGAGCACGACCUUGUCACCCAGCCCACGUUGAACUCGUUUUGCGCGGGACUAAUAGCCGGCUCCAUCAUGUCGGUAGCCAUUACACCGCCGGACGUGAUCACCACACGCCUGUACAACCAGGGGGUGGAUGCCGAGGGUCGCGGACUGCUCUACAAGGGUUGGCUGGACUGCUUCGUGAAGAUCCUGCGAUCCGAGGGCGUUUACGGUAUGUACAAGGGCUUCUGGGCCAACUAUCUGCGGAUCGCCCCGCACUCCACUCUCGUCCUGCUCUUCUUUGACGAACUGAUCGCCACGCGCGAGAAGUACGGCCUGCACUACUGACCCAAACCCAAGAGUGCUGUGGGCUGAUUGUCUACUUUAAGUACAAAUUUGUUCACUUGUUUGAGAUCUUUUGUUUGCCUUAGUUCCAGUUCCCAGACCCAAUCUCCUAUGCUUAGCGUAGCCCAAAGAACUAUAAAUGUGCCUUCAGUAAGCUAAACCUGUACCUUUAGUUAUAAAUUGUGCAAUACUUUGGUUAAUAAACCGUUUAAUUUGUUAU